GACGGACUCAACAUGAGUUUCAACGUCAUUGGCCUUUACUUCCGACUUCCGGACCGUUACACCAUUUUGGCUCCGGCUCAAACACCUAGCCUCCAUGUACAGGCCUGGCAGCUGCCACCAUGUCGUGCGGCCCCUUCAAAGGGAAAAAGAAACCGAUCGACGCCUCGGAAUUCCAAGCACUUAUAGUAGCAACAAGCGGAGGGCGGAGGGCCAUGUUUUUUUUGCUUACCUGUUGCUUCUGUGGGAUUCUUCGCUGUUCGAAGGCUUCUUGGGAACCUGGGCACCUGGUGGGGCCCAAAAAGGCGCCUGGCCAUGCAGAAGAAGUCCACACCUGGUCCUUGUGCUCUGCAGUGCUUCGCUGGGCGGGCGCUAUGCUUUGGUGGCUUCUGUGGCCGGCAUGGUUGGGUGCUUGUUGGGUUGUUCAUGGUGGUUGUUUGACGGCUUGCUUUUGGAUUCUCGUGGAUUUGGGAUUUGGAGAGCUAGGUGUUGAUCACUUCUUUUUUGGCUUGGCACUCAGUUUGCUCUCGGGGGGAGGCUGUUUUCAUGCCCCAGCCCCUUCCAGCUUUUCAAGCCAAGUCAACAAAAGCAAAACACACACCUGAACGAACCACAGGCGGAACCAAGUGCGGAACAAAAAGCCAAGCCCAUGACCCCUCGCCCACUACUCGCCUUCCUGAAAACAUAAAACAAAAAAGGGGCAACCUAGCUGUUGCCAAAACCAAAAACAUGACUAACAUUCCAAAGCAAUGCCAAACGAUCAACAGCACAGAGCGCACGCACCAUCCUUCCGUUCCACUAACCCAUCAUGUUCAGACGGAGUCUGAGGACCCUCCGGUAUAGAAGGGAUUUUCUUAUGGACAGCCUCUAGAGGUUAAAUCGGUUAAACAAGAUCAAUCACAAAAGGUUUCAACAGGUUAUAACAUGCUAUAACAACCCUAAGGUACCGAAGUACCCCAAGCUUUAACAUCCCCUCACUUCUACUUCCAGAAUUCAAUCCUGAGAUUUUUUAAAAUCUAGCCACAUCCUAAUGUUCUUGAGAGAUGUUCUUGACAUCAUUCUUUUCCGUUUCGCUUCAACCCCUUCACCAAGCUCCGAGGCCCGUCUCGGGCCGUCACCGGGAGGUGAAGGAAGCGAUCGCUGCUUUCAUCUCGAGGAAGCCUGAGGUGGAUGGAUAUGAGUUCCAGUCGCAAGGUUUGAUCACCAUGCUGUCGGAGUUUAAAGACAAGUUCGUCCUUGAGAAGGCUGAACUGGAGAAGUUGGAGUUCGAGAAGAAAGCGGCCGCGGAGCAAACGCUGGCGGGCUUGAAGGAUGAACAGGAAGCUGCACAGAAGGCCACAGACAAGAAGGCGGCCUUGAAGAGCAAGAAGCUCCAGCAAAAGGCGAAGCUGCAAGAGAACUUGGAGACCACCAAGACCACCAAGGCUUCGGAUGAGGACUACUUGAAGGAGACAACGGCGACAUGCGACCAGAAGGCCGCCGACUUCGAAGCGCGCCAGAAGCUCCGCGUGGAGGAGCUGGAAACCGUGAACAAGGCCAUUGACGUGAUGAGCUCUGCCAGCGUCUCGGGCACCGAAAAGAAACAGUUGGCGAAAAGCUUCAUCCAGGUCGGACGUGCUACAUCCUUGGCCGCACUGCGCUCUCAUAAGGUGGAUAAGGACCUGAAGGCGAAGCUGCUGGGCUUCCUGCAAAGCGAGGCAGAGCGCCUUCACAGCAAGGUGCUGGCCAAGUUGGUGGCGCCCACGGCGGUGUCGGAAGCCAUGGAAAAUAUCCGCGACACGCUUGAGGGCGUGAUUAAGAAGCUUGAAGCUGUAGCCGCGGAUGAGCACACGAAGAGAGAAUAUUGCAAGAAAGAGAUCAAGAAGAACAAAGCAACUCGUGCUGAUAAGAGGGCCGCCAUUGAUGAGUUGGAAGCUGAUAUUGAUAUGCUCGAGGCCUCCGUGAAGCAGCUCACCGAGGAGGUGGCAGCUCUUGGGGAUGAUCUGGUGGCCUUGGACCAGUCUGUGGCAAACGCCACUGACAUCCGUGGGAAAGAGAAGGCCAAGAACAAUGAGACGGUGACGGAUGCCAAGGCAGCUCAAGCAGCAGUGACGCAAGCCCUUGCGAUGCUGAAGGAGUUCUACGAGAAGGCUGGCCAGGCGACCGCGUUGGUGCAAACUUCUGCGGCUCAAGUGUCGGACCAGCCGGCCAUUUUUGAUGCGCCCUAUCAGGGCAUGGGUGGACAGAGCGGAGGAGUUCUUGGUCUCUUGGAGGUCAUCGCCGCGGACUUCGCGCGCUUGGAAGCGGAGACCUCCUCGGAAGAGGAAGCUGGUCAAACUGAGUACGAGAACUUCUUGAAGGAGUCUAGGUUGAACAAGAAGCAGAUGGAGCUGGACGUGAAGCACAAGAAGGAAACCUCCGCUGAGCAGACGGCAGAAAUCCAGGAGAAGAGCAAUGAACUUCUCGAAGUUCAAGAGGAGUUGGCUGCAGCAUUGAAGGUGUGGGAAGUGCUGCAAAAGGAGUGUCUCACGUCCCAAAAGGCAGAGGAGGAGCGGCGUGAGGAGAAUAUCGAGUCUUUGAAGAAGGCUCUUGACAUGCUGGCUGACUCUUGAGCAAUUAGCUCGUGCCUGUCCGUUCAAAAUGGGCGGGACGUGAGCGCCAUAUUGUGCCAUCUCUUGGCUGCAAAACCGGGAACGCGCUGCUGCGGACGGUGUGGCGGGACACCAGACCUAGACCUUGCGUAGUAUCCAACCUGCUCACUGCGAUGUUAAGCAUGACCGAAGUGACAGACCUUGCCCAAAAGACCGAAGUGACAGACCCGUGUCCACAGGCUUUGGUUCAUUUAAGGUGUGUCAACUGAUCAACACAGUCGUGUCCGACCCCUCGUAGCCAC